CGCCUCGCAGCACUUGGCGGACCGGAUCCUGGUGGAGAACAAAGGCGUCGAUUCUAUCACAUUCUUCUGCGAGCAGAACGGCGACGAGGAGGUGAAGGCCUUGGCGGCCGCUUUGAAGGAGAACCGACAGGUGACGAGUGUCUACCUCAAUCAAGGUGGCUUUGGCGAUGCUGGAGCGGAGGCUUUAGCCGAGAUGUUGCACCAGAACCGUACGAUCAAGAAGAUUGUUCUCAGUUCGAAUCGCAUCACUACUGUGGGGGCGAAGGCGUUGCUGGAGGCACUCCGAGUCAACAAGGUUGUCACGUACAUCUCUCUCAAUGACAACGGUGAAAUCAGCAAGGAGGUGAGGACAGAAAUUUGGGAGAUUGUUACAGCCAACGUGGUAGCUGCGUACGUCCUGACUCUCAACGAAUCCGUCACCGAGAUCAACCUCCGAUGCAAGGAGUUUGGCGCCGAGGGAAUGAAGGUCUUGACAGCCGCUUUGAAGGAAAACAAACAGGUGACGAAGAUCAACCUCGAAAGAUGUAUCGGUGAUGUUGGAGCACAGGCUUUAGCCGAGAUGUUGCACCAGAACCGUACGAUCAAGAAGAUUGUUCUCAGUUCGAAUCGCAUCACUACUGUGGGGGCGAAGGCGUUGCUGGAGGCACUCCGAGUCAACAAGGUUGUCACGUACAUCUCUCUCAAUGACAACGGUGAAAUCAGCGAGGAGGUGAAGAAGGAAAUUGAGGAGGUUCUUGAGGCACAGGUAGAGGAAGAAGGAGAAGUCUUUGAUUUCAGCAUGCAGAAGUCCGGAGGUGGCCUGGGUUUUGAUGCCUGUUGCAGGCGUGCAUACAUCGUGGUGACCGAAAUCUUUGACGAUGGUGACGUAGUGGAAACCAACAAUGCCAUCGCAGAGCCGACGAAUCGUUUGAAGGCAGGUGACUUUAUCGUAGACGUCAACGGUAUAAAGGGUGACAGCGACGCGAUGGCAAGGAAGUUCGACGAUUUGCAAGAGGUGAAAAUGACGAUCAAGAGGAUCCACAAUUGAGAGGCCUUCCCCAUUGUAACCCAGAUGGCUUCAUGUCGUGACACUUCGAUUUCGCAGGCUUUCAUGAACAAAGCGAAUGAAUUGUUGUCAGGUGAGAGAACCUGCAGCGUUGAGGCAUAUUGGGUGAUGUUUUCUUGGAGUAGUAGUGGUUUGAUGGUCUGAUGUUUCAUUUGCAAUUUAUUGUAAAGCUGGGCUAGCCCAACGCAAGGCCAACCAUGACUUAUAACUAACAUAACUUUACUAAAAGUAAAACCAACCAACAGUGCAAUAUUGAGAAAAAGACUUGCGCUUGAUUUUGGAAAAGCUUUCUUGAG